AUGGAGGGGUUUAGUGAUACGUCCAAGCAAAUCAGCCAUGACCAUGAAAUCUGCAUCGCUGCCGAUCCAGAUAGUCCGGCCUAUCAGUCGGGGCUCAUUGGUGGAAGGUAUCUCGGCAUGGACAUGAAAGCCCCGGAAUACAUUUCUGCAAUUGGCAAAUGGGUCCAGGGCUGCAUCUCCUCUCAUGAACGAUGCUGCAAAGCUAUCUCGGACGAUUCUACAUUCAACCCUUACCUGGUGGAACUCCCUACCCGUUGCAUCGAAGUCACAUUUACCGGCGCCUACCUGCGACACACCCUGGGGACCACUGGAAGCUAUAUCACCCUGAGCCAUCGUUGGACUGGAGAGACUGAAACCGUCAAGACCACAUCGUCCAAUUACCAGGAACGCAUCUCCGGGGCAGAUUUGGGGCCUCUUUCAAAGAACUUUGAUGAUGCCAUCGCCAUCGCUCGGAGACUGGGAGUCAGGUACAUCUGGAUCGGCUCUAUCUGCAUUAUCCAGGAAAGCGAGGAUUGGGACCAGGAGAAGUGGAAGAUGGGCCAGUACUAUGAACAUGCUCUGUUUACCAUUUCGGCUGUUGGUACCGGACACGAACAGAAGGAAGGCAGCAGCUUUCUCGACCCAUCCCAAGCCCGUACACCCAAUUCCCUUGUGCGUCUUCCGUUCCGACAAGAUGGUGUCCGAAAGGGGUCAGUCUAUCUCUACAGGCGUGACCUAAACGCCUACCUCUUGUUUCAUAAUGACGUCGACAAGAGCGAGCUUCAUUCACGCGGUUGGGUAUUCCAGGAGCGACUCCUCAGCAAACGGAUCAUCUACUUUACCCACCGAGAGAGCUUCCUAGAGUGCUCCUCACAGGUGCCUCAGAGCUUCUGUAACGACGUGGUGAAACCACCACUGCCAAAGUUGGAGCAGGCCAUCCAGCUAGGAACGUUCAGGGAUAUUCCAAUGGUUCCCAGGCAUGGCUUCAAGGUCAACUUUACUUUGGAGCACGAUUCACCCCUCGAUAUUUGGUACACUAUUGCAACAUCAUUCUCAGCAACCAGUCUUACAAACCAGCAUGACCAUUUAGCGGCGAUUUCCGGCGCAGCUUUUGAAUACGGACAAGCAAUCGAGAACCAACUUGGAAAUAGGAAAGGCAAUAAGAAGGGAAAGGAGACUCGGACUACCCCAAAUUACUUGUCCGGUCUUUGGCUACGAGAUAUUCAUCAUGGCCUGAUGUGGCUCAGGGAGGGUGCCCCAAACCUGGCGUGUCUAUGCGGUGCCCCCUCAUGGUCGUGGCUCUCGUACUAG